GGAAGUUCACUAGAUGAUAGGUUCCACCACCUCUCAAUGGAGAACGACAAACAAUCCCAGAGAAGCUUUUUAUAAGUAAGACACCAUCAUGGGAAAGAAGAAGAAAGAAGAGAAUGAGAAGGCUCCUGUCUCAAAAUGUCCAGAUAACUCCGCAUUCAAACAGCAGAGAAUCCCAGCAUGGAAGCUCACCUUAACCCCCCAAAUCGUCCUCAGCUCAUUCUUUAUCAUCGGCCUCUUCUGUCUUAGUGUAGGAAUCAGUUGGAUUGUAGCCACUAGCAAUGUUAAAGAAAUAUGGAUCACCUAUUCUGACCAUUGUUCAUACUGCUCACAACUACGGGAAAAUUCUUCAAAUUCAGAAACUUCAUGCCCGUGCGCUGUUACGUUUUCUGUGAAAGAAAAGAUUCAGGGAGAAGUCUUUUUGUAUUACGGGCUCAGCAACUUUUUUCAGAACAAUCGGAGAUAUGUGAUAUCCAGAUUUGACACCCAGCUGCUUGGAAGAAAUGUGACCACUAAAGAGAAUGGCGGCUACUGUGCUCCAUUUUCUGUAUAUAAUAAUGGCACCCCAAUGGCUCCCUGUGGUGCAAUUGCCAACAGCAUGUUUAAUGAUACAAUAAUACUGGUCUAUCAACCGAACUCCACUUCCAUAAUCCAAGUUCCAUUGCUAAAAACUGGAAACACCUGGUGGUCUGAUAAGAAUGUAAAGUUUAGUAACCCCAAACCAAACGAUGAUCUUGUGCAGGCAUUUGCAGGAAGUGCAAGGCCACCAUAUUGGCAGAACCCAGCUUACGCUCUUGAUCCUCUUGACCCCAAUAACAAUGGUUAUAUAAAUGAUGACUUUAUCAAUUGGAUGAGAGUGGCAGCUUUCCCGAACUUCAGAAAACUUUAUAGACGUAUCUCACGAAUACAACAGUUCUCUGAUGGCCUUCCACCUGGAAAUUACACCUUCGUCAUUGAAUACAAUUUUCCAGUAUCUAAAUUCGGAGGGAAAAAGCAUGUGAUCCUGUCAACCCUAUCAUGGUGCGGAGGAAGUAACAUGUUUCUGGGAAUUGCAUACACUGUGACUGGAGCAGCCAUUGUACUCACAGCAUUUGCCAUGCUUGCUGUGCACCUGAAGAAACGGAAGCCUAAGAAGAAAUUUACUGUCAAAUAAGUUAAAUUGGCAGUAACCUUCUGGUAUCUCACUGACUCUUUUUUUAUUGCUGCAUCUGUAAAAUAAAAAUGACACAUCAGCAGAUAACUCUCUUAGCUUAUAUUGGCAAACUCUAAUAAAGGUCACAGAUCCAUAUUG